CCUUUAUUUCAGGCGAGCGUGGCAUCGAGGGGCCGAACUCUCCAUCAGCAGCACAUUCAAAAUCAUGCAAAUUACCGCAUGCUCACAAUUUCGGUUAUCGAUUUGAAAUUAGCACGUGGAACAGAAUCAGGACACAGAUGUAGACCGGGCAAAAGAAGUCACAAGCGUGGCAAUAAAUCAGAAACGAUGCAGAAACCGUUUUAGGGGGGUUGUUAUAUCGUGGUUUAGCUAGCUAGCUAGCUUGCAUAGAAAUUCUGACUCCUCCACAAUCGGGGUUCAGAUGAAAACCAGAGAUCUGCUGGAUGACCGGGGUGAUUUAUUGAGCGUCGAGGGAUUAAUUUAGCAUUUAGGUUUUAAUAACGCACUUAAAUCUGCGCUGUGUUGUGCGCAUUUUCGCUUCUGGGGCACGAAAACAGCGCGUGAAGACAGUGACGGGUGAAAAAGAGCGGUUUAGCCCCUCUCACCAUUUUCGCUAAAAUGAGGCAUUCUGGAAAAGGAAGAAGGAAACACUCUGGCUUCUACUGAUAAUUUCGAGGUUGUUGAUAUGAGAGGUGGACGACACCGCUGCUGAGGAAGGGCUUCAGAAAGAAGUUGGAGCUGACAGAUGUCUACAAGGCUCCUUCGUUUGAUCUGGCGGACAACCUCUCCGAGAGACUCGAAAGAGAAUGGGACAGAGAGGUGGUGUCAGCCAAGAACAAGCCCAGGCUGAUGCGAGCGCUGGCCCGCUGCUUCUUCGGCCCUUUUGCCUUCUUCGGUGUCCUCCUCUAUCUCGGGGAGGCUUCCAAGACAGUGCAGCCUCAGCUUUUGGGUCGUAUCAUCGCCUCCUUUGACCCGUUCCACGCUCCAGAGCGGGGCCAGGGAUACUUCCUGGCCCUGGGCCUCUCCCUCCUCUUCACCGCCCGCUUCCUCCUGCUGCAGCCUGCCAUCUUUGGCCUGCAUCACCUGGGCAUGCAGAUCCGCAUCGCCCUCUUCAGCCUCAUAUACAAGAAGACCCUGAAGUUAUCCAGCCGAGUCUUGGAUAAGAUCAGCACUGGUCAGCUGGUCAGUCUGAUGUCCGCCCACCUCAACAAGCUAGAUGAGAGCCUGGGUCUGGCCCACUUUGUAUGGAUCACCCCCUUGCAGUGCAUACUGUGUGUGGGUCUGAUAUGGGAACUGAUCGAGGUGAACAGCUUCUGCGCCCUGGCAGCUCUGACCCUGCUGGGCAUCAUCCAGGCCUGGCUCUCACAGAAGAUGGGACCUCACCGGGUGAAGCGAGCCGGGAUGAUCAGCCGCCGCCUGGCUCUCACCUCGGAGAUUGUGGAGAACAUCCACUCUGUGAAGGCGUAUGGAUGGGAGGAGGUGAUGGAGACCAUCAUCAAGAAUAUCAGGCAGGACGAAAUGACACUGACGAGGAAGAUCGGUUCUCUGCGUUACUUCUACAGCGCCUCCUACUUCUUCUCCGCCAUCCUGGUUAUCGUGUCAGCCAUUGUGCCUCACGCACUCAGUAAAGGCAUCAUCCUGCGUCGAAUCUUCACCACAGCCUCCUACUGCAUGGUUCUGAGGAUGACGCUGACCCGCCAGCUGCCAGGAUCCAUCCAGAUGUGGUACGACACGCUGGCAUUGGUCACGAAGAUAGAGGAAUUCUUGAUGAAGGAAGAAUACAGAGUGCUGGAGUACAAUCUGACCACUACGGAACUGGAACUGGUCAAUGUGUCUGCAUCCUGGGAUGAGGGCAUCGGUGAGCUGUUUGAGAAGAUCAAGCAGGAGAGCAAAGCAAAUGGACACCCCAACGGUGACGCCGGCCUCUUCUUCACCAACCUCUAUGUCACACCUGUCCUCAGAAACAUCAGCUUGUACCUGGAAAGGGGCAAGAUGCUGGCGGUGGCUGGGUCCACUGGCUCGGGGAAGAGUUCCCUGCUCAUGAUGAUCCUUGGAGAGUUGGUGCCGACAGAGGGUAAAAUCAGACACAGCGGUCGCAUCUCCUUCUCACCACAGACUUCCUGGAUCAUGCAGGGGACGAUCCGUGACAACAUCCUGUUUGGCCUGACCUAUGACGAGUACCGGUACACCUCCGUGAUCAAGGCCUGUCAGCUGGAAGAGGACUUUGCCCUGCUGCCCGAAAAAGACAAGACGCUCCUCAUCGAAGGAGGAGUGACCCUCAGCGGCGGUCAAAGGGCUCGCCUCGGCCUGGCCAGAGCUGUGUAUAAAGAUGCCGACCUCUACCUGUUGGAUGCACCUUUUACCCACCUGGACAUCGUGACAGAGAAAGAGAUCUUUGAGAAAUGUGUCUGUAAACUUAUGGCCUCCAAGACUCGUAUUGUGGUCACCAGCAAGUUGGAGCAUCUCAAACGAGCAGACAAAAUCCUUCUGCUGCACAAUGGUGACUGCUACUUCUACGGCACCUUCUCAGAGCUGCAGGCCCAGCGCCCCAACUUCAGCUCCCUCCUCCUCGGCCUUGAAGCUUAUGACAACAUGAACGCAGAGCGACGCAGCUCCAUUCUCACGGAAACUCUCCGCAGGGUCUCCAUUGAUGAAACCGCCAGCUUCCGAGGACCAGAGCCAAUUCGACAGUCGUUCCGCCAGCCGCCGCCUCCAAUAAUCGUUUCUGGAUCUCAAGGCCAUCCUGUAGGGGAUGGCUACCCAGAAAAACGCAAACAGUCACUCAUCCUUAGUCCCCUGGCAGCCGCCCGCAAGUUCUCCUUAAUUGGAAACACCCAGCAGACAAAUACACCCCAGUCCACGACGAUAGAGGAUGGGGUUCAUGAACUUUCAGAGAGAAAAUUCUCUGUAGUUCCCGAGGAUGAUCAAGUAGAGGAGGUGCUCCCCAGGGGUAACCUGUACCACCAUGGGUUGCACCAUCUCAACGGGCAGAGGCGCCAGUCCGUCCUGGCAUUCAUCACCAGUGCUCAGGGCCAAGAGCGGAGAGAGCAGGUGCAGUCAUCCUUCAGAAGAAAGCUGUCCAUCACCCCGCAGUGCGACGUGGCAUCUGAGUUGGACAUUUACGCCCGCCGCUUAUCCAAGGACAGUGUUUAUGACAUUAGUGAGGAGGUGGAUGAAGAAGACAUGGAGCAAUGCUUCGCAGAUGAACGUGAGAACAUCUUUGAAACUACCUCAUGGAGCACUUACCUACGCUACGUCACCACAAAUAAGAGCUUAGUCUACGUCCUCAUUUUCAUCGUCUUUGUCUUCGUCAUAGAGGUUGCUGGUUCAGUCAUUGGCAUUUUCCUCAUUACUGACACCAUCUGGAGGGACGGCGCCAACCCUUCAGCACCCAACUACAUCAGUGAGCAGCACCCCAACGCCUCGUCGCCCCCCGUCCACCUGGCAGUCAUCGUCACACCGACCAGUGCUUACUACAUCAUCUAUAUCUACGUGGCCACAUCGGAGAGCAUGCUGGCCUUGGGGUUCUUCAGGGGUCUCCCAUUAGUGCACACAUUGCUCACUGUGUCCAAAAGACUGCAUGAACAGAUGCUUACCGCUGUGCUACGAGCCCCCAUGGCUGUGCUCAACACAAUGAAGACAGGCCGGAUCAUGAACAGAUUCACCAAGGACAUGGCCACCAUAGAUGACAUGCUGCCUCUGGUUCUGUUUGACCUCAUACAGCUGACAUUGAUUGUUACCGGUGCCAUCUUCACUGUGUCCAUCAUGCGGCCGUACAUCUUCAUUGCUGCCAUCCCACUGGCUGUCAUCUUUGCUAUCCUGAGGAAGUACUUCCUGCGAACUGGACAGCAACUCAAACUGCUGGAGGCCGAAGCUCGUAGCCCCAUCUUCUCCCACCUCAUCAUCUCACUUAAAGGUUUAUGGACAAUACGAGCGUUUGGGCGUCAGACCUACUUCGAAAUGCUCUUCCACAAGGCGCUGAACACUCACACAGCCACCUGGUUCCACUACCUGGCAACACUGCGAUGGUUCCUUUUCCGCUGCGACAUUAUCUACGUCCUGUUUUUCAGUGCUGCUGCCUUCAUCGCCGUGGGAACUAACCAAGACAAACCAGGGGAGAUCGGCAUCAUCGUGGCCCUGGCCAUGCUCAUCCUGGGGACUUUCCAAUGGGCUGUCAUCACCAGCAUCACUGUUGACGGACUGAUGCGAUCGGUGGAUCGGGUGUUCAAAUUCAUCGACCUGCCAUCCGAGGAGCCGCUGCUGGGGAAAUCUGGUGGUAAAGGAGGCCCCGACCUCGUCAUCGACAACCCUCACGCUCAUGACUGCUGGCCCAACCGCGGCCAGAUGGAUGUCCGGGGCCUCACCGUCAAAUACACAGAGGCUGGACGCGCCGUCCUCAGCGACAUCUCCUUCUCUUUGGAGGGGGGCCAGAGUGUGGGUCUGCUGGGUCGAACAGGCUCAGGGAAGAGCACGCUGCUGUCCGCCCUGCUGCGCCUCGCCUCCACGGAUGGAGAAAUCUCUAUUGACGGUGUCUCCUGGAGCUCCGUCUCCCUGCAAACCUGGAGGAAGGCCUUCGGAGUGGUGCCCCAGAGAGUCUUUAUUCUGACUGGAACUUUCCGGAUGAAUCUGGACCCACACGGACGUUACAGCGAUGAGGAGCUGUGGAGGGUGGCCGAGGAGGUGGGUCUGAAGUCAGUGAUCGAGCAGUUUCCAGACAAGCUGGACUUUCAGCUGGAGGACAGAGGCAACGUGCUGAGCAACGGACACAAACAGCUGCUGUGUCUCGCACGUUCCAUCCUCAGCAAGGCCCGCAUCCUGCUGCUGGACGAACCCUCCGCCUACCUCGACCCCAUAACGCUACAGGUCCUGAGGAAGACGCUGAAGCAGGCGUUCUCCGGCUGCACUGUCAUCCUAUCAGAACACAGAGUAGAGCCGCUGCUCGAGUGUCAAUCAUUCCUGAUGAUCGAGGGCAGCUCCAUGAAAAGCUACGACUCCAUCCAGAAGCUCCUGAACGAGACGAGUCACAUGAAACAGGCCAUGAGCGCCGCCGACCGGCUCCGCCUCUUCCCGACGCUUCACCGCCUCAACUCCAGCAAGAGGGCGGCGCCGCAGACCGCCAAGAUCUCGUCCCUGCCAGAGGAAGCUGAGGACGAGGUCCACGACACUCGUCUCUAAGCGGCCGGACACACAAACACACACGUGUUAAAACAUAGAUGAGUUUGAUCCAGUGUUGUGCUACGGGUGGUGUUGAGCCCAAUUGGCAAAUACUAUGUUUGAGCCAUUAUUCCCCCAAAUUACCUGUGAAACAGCAUUUCAGGCACGAUGGGACGUUAAAACUCUCCACCGGAACCCAGACAGGACUUCUUUUGCUGAUAGUAGGAAAACUCAAUUUACAACAAAUCCUAAUUGAGUUCGAUGAAAAAUCAAAUGUGCAGUAAAGGAAAAAAAGUUAAAGUCAGAUUUCCAGCAUAUGGACGGUGGACAAAAUUUUUUCUACUUGAUUUUUAAUCAAAUCGACACGUCUAACAUACUACUGUCAAAGCACAUGAGGUUCAUUUAGUUACAGAAUUUUACACUAAUAUACAGGUGGUAGAGGAAGCUUUGCACACAUGUAAUAAAAAAAUUCUAUGUCUGUAAUAGUUUGAAUGCUAACAGACGUGUAUAAAUCUGAAUCAGACGUAUGAGAUUACAGAAAUAAAACGUCGUAUUACAAGUGUGCGAAACUUAAAAGCAAAACUAGGUGUUGACCGUUGACCAAGACAGUACAACGUAGCUGCAAGUCAAGAAAAGUUAUCAGUGGUUUCCCAAAUUUUGAAGCUGUUGGUGUAAACCUGCCACUAAAUUACAAAAUGAUGAUAAACCGGCACGUGUAGCUCUGGACGGGAGGAUCUUAGUCGCCGAUGCGUGGACGACAAAAUGCUCCGGGAGCAAAGCAAAAGUUACGUGCCACCAUGAGCACAUUAAGCACAUAAUAACACACCCCAAACAUCUGGCCUCAGCCUGACCAACUGGGGGCUUUGUUGUUGAACUACUUCAAGUGCCUUUGCAGGUUUCAGCCAAACAGGUGCCGUUUGGUGCGGGACAAACUGAGUGAGGGCUGCUACAGUUCAAAUGAUUCUCCAAAACGUUCUCUCCCGGGCCAAAACAAUUGUAUUUGCUUUGAAAAAGCAUCAACUGCUUCAUAGUUUUUUGUUUUUUUGUUUGUUUUUUUUUGGGUUUUUUGUUUUUUUUUGCAUAAUUGUUGAAAAGCAUCUUCAUUGGUUUGAAACAAGGGAUUAUUUCCCAGGAAAACUGUUUUCACUGGAGCUUUCAGUCCCUGCAGAUUGUUAAAACUCAGACUGACCUGACACACGCAAGAGGCCGCCACUGUAGAAGUCUGACGUCCUGUGUGCAUCUGGAUCAUCAGGGUUUGAUCAAACUGGUCUUUUCUCUGACGCACAGUUACAAAGUGUAACCGUGAGUAUUGUGAGGAAAAAACCGACUGUAAGAGCUCAGAAAGGACACAAUUAACUCAUCACAGCCAACUAAUCCAAUUAGCUUUAGGCAGCUGACAGGAAAUAAGGAAAUAACAUCAGAUAAUGUUGCAGAUUCAUCCAAAAAAAAAAAAAAAACUUGACGUCUCUGCUCGGUCUGAGGCCAUGUUGAUACUAAACCAGCUAAAUUUGGGCCUUGGUCCACACUAAAGGGUGAUUUUUGCAGCACCGGGAUCAUUUUUAUUGUUCGUCACUCUUUCCUCUCAAACAACAGAUACGCUUCCAUUUUGUUAACAUGUACCAGUCUAAACCAACUCCAACAGGCGCGUCCAUACACAGCCACCCGUAUUUUUCAUGCCAUCAUUUUUGUUUGGUUUUCUUGUUUUGUUUUUUUCUCUGGCAUAUUUGCUUUGCAACCUUCGCCGGAAAUAUCCCAUCGUCUACAUGUUGUGAGCUUAUUUACUGUUGUCUCACCAUGAGCCUUCCAGUUUCACUCUGUACUAUCGAUGAGUAACAAAACAGCGCCGCUUAUCCUUGUUGAAAACUAUUUUCCCUCCAUUGAAUUUCUGGUAGUGGUCGGCCUCUCAAACAGUGACACCACAAACAAAGGUCGGAGUUGUUGUGGAUUGUAUUGUAAGACUCGCCGCUGACGUCUUGCGUCUGAUGAGAAUUAAUAGUAAUAAUUUGAUAAAAUUAAUAGCUUCUGCCUUUCACAACCAAAAAUACAGGUUUCUACAAAAAUCUGUCCAGAGUGGAUAAAUCUAGGAAACACUGGCCUCAGAUUUUAAUGUGGACGAGGAAAACUUUGAUGCUGAAGAGGAUGAAACCAUCUGCUGCCUGAGUUCUUCGUUUCUAUGAUAAUUUCGAGUCGUUUUUGAAUGCCAAAAAUAAUCACCCGCGGGUACCGACGUUAAUCUGUACUCAAUGUUAUGAAAUAAUUGUGAAGCAUAAAAAAAAUACAGAUUUCAUGGAUGAUUAAUGAGCCGAGGACAAAUCACGGUUUUAUACUCGUUCACUAAUCUUGUCCGCAAGAACAGAAAAACAGGUCCAAUGUAAAUAUCAGACCAAGCUCAGCUUCACAGUGAAAGUUGUUCGCAAACACAGAUCGUACACUAAGAUAGUAAACCUGCUACAGUGUGUAUACAUUUUAAAUGGGCUGAAAGUAGGCCAAAAAGAAAUAAAAAGAAAUGAGCAAAAUUCGGAUAUCCUACAUGAUGAAGAGGUCAGAGCUUUGGGUAAACAGUUCUUCCGGGGGAUUUCGGCUACGUGCGGCUGCAAGUACGAAUGAGACUCCUGCAGUGGCUUCGUGUGUAUCACGAGGAAGUAUCGUCUGAAUAUUCACGACAGUAUGCAGACCCCGCAGUAACGUCGAGGCUGGAAACACACACCGUGACGCUGUUGGCUGACGCUACCUAACGAGUGAUGACUCAGAUACCUUUAUUUUUCUAUCUGUAUGCACUUUAGAGACACCCCGAGGUACUCAUCAGCUUUCACAGCCAGGAAACAGUCAAAGGAUUAAACCUCGUACAACUGUUGUUUUUGUUGGAUUUGUUUUUUUUUCCGAGACCUCCAUAAAGUGAAGUGUAGAUGUAGAAUUGUUACUUUGAGUUCUGCUUUUUAAAUUCAUCGUUCAGUCUCUGUUACUCAACAAAUUACAGAGAGAAGCCGGUAAUUCAUCAAAAAAAAACAACAAACAUUUUCUAUUUGAAAUAUAUUUUUUCAGAGCCGCUGCUGUACAAACGCAGAGCAAACAUUUAGCUAUUACUUUUUUAAAAUCCUUUUUCAAGAUGUGCCUGUUGCUUCCCUCUGAAACUGGAAACCAUUUUGAUUCCUAACAUCAUUAUAUUUUCUGCUUUGGUUGAGGGAAGAGUGUGUUGCUCCUUUCAUACCGAAUAAUAGUUUGUAUAGCACUGAUGCCUUGAUAACUGUGACAACAGAUUUUUUUUUUUUUUACAGUGUAAAUUAAGAACAAAGCUGUUUCUUACAAAUAGGAAAAGGACGCAGAUGUCCCAAAAUGUAUAAAUGUAUGUGUUCAAUCAACUAUAUUUCCAGUAA